AUGGCGCUCAAAGUCCUGUUGAAGGAGACACGCCGGACGUUCCUGUGCUUUGAGGACGGAUACAAGAUCCUGAAGACCGUGACUGAGGUUCCUACUACCGAGAAGCUGGAGGCUUUCAGUCUCGACGGCUUCCUAUCGCUUGAGCUGUCGUCCAAAGCCGUCGCUAGCGUUCUCCGUGGACCGUUUUCCGAUGACUGGAAAGAACGCUACUUUGAGGGGGUCAUAUCGUAUCUCGCUCAUGCACAUGCGAAGGAUGCAGUAGCCUCUCCACUCGACACGGUGGCUCUGAAGGCAGAGUUUGAGGUGAUGACAGAUAUCCUGGAGCCUAGCGAGAAGUGUAUGGUGUGUCUGGCGGAGUUCCAGCCGAGCGAGGUGGUGGAGCGCAAGCCGUGCGGCCAUACAUACCAUGAGGUUUGCAUGAAAUACUACAUCAAGCAUAAUAUAGAUUGCCCGACGUGCUACUACGAUGAUCCUGCGUCUUCAUCAAAGUCAAACUUCGCCCCGUGGGAAUAUACUAGUAAGGUGUCUCGUGAUUUUCUCGACACUGACGAUGUUGAGACUGAAGAGGAGAGUUCUGAAGAGCCCACUGAGAUGUGUUGA